GAGCCGGAUAGCCGCCGCCGCCGCCGAGCCCGGCCGCUCCGACAGCCGGAGGCAGCCAUGCAGCGGGACGAGUGGGACGAGCAGAGCGAGCUGCGGGAGCUCAACGCCCGCCUGGGGCACUACGUGUCGCGGGUGCGGGACCUGGAGCAGGAGAACCGGCGCUUGGCGCAGCAGCUGGCCGCCUUGGGCAGGCGGGAGGAGCGCGCCGGCGGCGGGCAGGCCCAGGAGCAGGCGGUGGCCGAGCUGCGCUGGGCGGUGGCCGAGCUGAGCCGGGCGAAGGGCGAAGCCGAGCUGGAGCGCGACGCGCUCCGCCAGGAGCUGGCGCGCCUGGAGAGGCUGGGCGCGCAAGCCGAGGAGCUGCGCCGCCGCCGCCUGGAGCCCGAGCUGGCCGAGCAGUGGCAGCGGCUGGCCGGCCUGGGCGCGGACUGCGCCGCCCUGGAGGCGCUGCUGGGGCAGCUGCUGGCGGAGCGCGAGCGGCUGCGGGAGGCGCGGCGGCAGCACCCGGCCAAGCCGCCCCGCGCGCCGCCCGCCGCCCGCGCCGAAACUCGGCGGGUGGACCGGCGGCGGCUGGAGGCCGACUUCGCGCUGGUGCUGAGCUGGAGCUGCGCGCGGAGCCUUGACCGCUACGAGGCCGAGCUCCGGGCGCUGCAAGAGCUGGAAGGGGGCCUUGGCCUGGAGGACCUGCGGAAGCUGCGCGCCGAGAACGAGGAGAGCCGCCGGCGCCUCGCGGAGCUGCAGCGCCAGUGCCAGGAGCUGUGCGCGCUGAGCGAGCGCCUGGAGGAGGAGCGCCGGGCGCAGCAGGACCGCCACGGCGUGGAGCUCGCCCGCUGCCAGAUGAUAAUUGAAGCCCUUGAAGAAGAAAAGCACUUCUUAACCAUGUCCAUUGCAGGGUACCUGAAGGAUUACCAUGAACUCCUGCAGGUGAAAGCAGGUCUCAGUCUUGAAAUUGCAACUUACAGAACUUUGCUAGAAGGAGAGAGUAAUCAGUGGAUCCUGAUGUGGAAUGAAGAACGUGGAAAAAAGUUAUCACAAGGUGAACGAAACAUGCGUUACGAGUAUAGCGACCGAUACUUUGCUUAUCAACAGGAGAAAGGAAAGAGACCUUUUCCUGCAAUCCAGAAUGUUGACAUAAGAUAUAAAUUCCCUCAAGCAAAUAUUAGCAGCUCUGUGGUUUCUUCACCGAGAACAAAAAAUGCUGGAAUGCGGGCGAUUCUCCCUGAGAAAAUGCUACCGAAAGAGCCCUUCAGGUUAGAAUCGCAUCCUUCAGCAGCAUCCAAAAGAUACAUGACUCAUGAAAGAACCCUGAUAGGACAACGAGAACGGCAGAACUUGACAUCACCUUAUCGUAUUAGCAGAGAAAGUGAAGUUCUUCGAAGAACCCUGCCUGAAGGAAAGACAACUGGAAUGGGAAGUAUGGCGUCUGCUUUAAAGGAAUCAAACAUUCUUCAGAAACAAAUGAGAAGACCAACCGGUUCUGAAAGUAUGAGGACAACAGUAGGUAUCUCUCCAUCUCUAUCUUACAGCUCCAGUUCUCCUUCCAAAGGAACUAAAUAUGAGACUAGAGAAGGGAUUUUGGCCCAGAUCAAUGAAGUGAUCAAAGCGAGCAAGCCAGUGAAAGGAGAAAGCCAUAUUUUGGUAGAAGGAGCAGAGCCAAAGGAAAAGUUGGCCAGAGAAGUAACAGAUUCCGCCAUUAAGGCUGGUGAGAAAUUGAGUGGAGUAAUGGCUGAAAUUAAGGAAGGCACGGAUAAGAAAAAGUAUACGGUGGAAGAUGUCGUCUUUAAAGAUACCAGAAAGGAAGACAAAUUAAUGAAAGAUAAAAUGCCUCCUACAAGAUGGGAGAAACAGAUUAAAGUGGAAGCAGAAGAAAAAAAUAUUCCAGUAGAUACAGCAACAUUGGAAAGGGAGAAAAUUGUGAGCAUGUCCUCAAGAGGCCAAGAAACUGUUGAGAUCCCCAUUCAUUCAGGACAUACUGAGGGCGAAAUCCUAGAGGGUAGUCACAACAUAGACAUUACACUGCAAGGCUUCGAAACUUCUCUGGAAAAGCCAAAAGGUGGAGCUGAAUUUAAACUCAGCAGAGAAAUUACUCAGGAUAAUGUAAGUAAAGAAGAAAACUCUAAAAUGGAUACAUUGCUUACUGAAAGUAUAGCAGAGAACAUUGUUUCUGACAUUCUUAAAGGUUUUGUACAGAAAUCUUCUGAUGCAGGACUUCUUCCUGAUACGAAAAUAACUUCCUUUGAAAAAAAAGAAAUUUCUAAGGAUGGAAAAGUGAAAACUGAGAUCAGUAUAGAGUCAACAGUUCAAGAAGAUGACCUUGAUGUUUCUAAUAAGUCUGAAUGGGAAAGUUUCUUAAAGAAAGAUACUGAAAAAGUAUUGGAUGAUAGUAAAGGAAGUUUAGCUGAAGAUGUCAUAGAAGAUAUAAUUAAUGCUGGGAUGAAGGGAAUGGAAGACAAAACCAAAAGGACUGUUAAAGUGGAGAUAAUUGAAGAGCCGGUAACUAUAGUUGAUGAAAGAAUGGAAUUUUCAACACCAUUUGAAGUAGAGGAAGCAGAAGAUAUGACAGAACAUCUAUAUUAUAGUGAUAAAGAGAAAGCUACCACAAGUGAUACUGGAGAAUCUAAGGAAAAACAACCCAGCGUGAUUGUGUCUCAUGUGGAAGAAGUAUCCGAGGGAGACGAUGUAGUUGAUGAAGAAAAGUACUUUGUUUCCACGCCAGAUGAAUGCCCAUUUGGAUAUGAGCAAGAUGAAAGCUCUACAUAUGGUCAGAUCCACAUUGAAGAAGAAUCAACAGUUAGAUAUUCUUGGCAAGAUGAAUUUCUGCAAGGGUCGCAAACAAAGGUAAAGGAAAGUAUGGCUUCACCAGAAUUGAUUUAUCAGGUAACUGGUGCAGAUGCAGGGCCCUUUUUUUCAAAGACAGAAGCCCCAAAGGAACAGGUGACCCAUGCUGAAUCUGUAGUUAUUGAGAAGGAGAUUAAAAUCCCACAUGAGUUUCAGGAGUCAAUAAAGGAGUUUUUUUAUGACCAGUCAAAGGACCCUAAACAUCAGUUGAAAGAGGCACUAGAAAAGCUUGAAGAAACUCUUCCAGAAAGUGUAAAACAGGAACUCUGUGAGCUAACAAAAGAAGGCAAAGCUGAUUCUAGUAGCCUGGAAGUGGAUAUUAAAAAAGUAAAGCACCCUGAAAAAGAGGGUUUAUUUACUAUUGUUGCAGAAGUUAAUCUGUCCCAGACAAUUGACUCUGACCAGUUCAAUACCGAAUUGCUUGGUGAAGUUGUGACUGAUCAGAUAAAGUUGCCCAAACCUUCACCAAAUGAAGGUGGUUUUGAUAAAUACAUAAAACAAGAGCCAGAAACUUGCUCUGAUGAAAAAAAUAAAGUAGACGUUUCUUCCACACUUUGGACCACAGAAGGAACCAGUAACAGAGAAGAUGCAUAUCCUUCUAAGGCAUCAUUUGAUAUCAACAGACAUAUCCGUCAUGUUGUAGUUGGUCCAACUGAAAUUCGCAAGACUGAGCAUGUCUUAUAUGAAGGUCCUAUUUCUGAAACUCUGAAGUUCGGAACAGCUGACUUUACCACAGGAGCACCAGCAGAUACAGGUCAAUCCGUGAAGGAAAUCAAGCUGAGUCCUGGAACAAUUCAAACCACAGAAAAAAUAAUUUACAGAAGCCCUGUUCAUAAAUCUGUGGAAGUUGGUGAUCCUGAAAAUUCUACUCAGACACAGGUUUCAAGUGAUACUAGAUCCUCUAUUACAUUAGAUUCAAAACAAAUUGUUGAAGAAAUCAUUUUUGAGGGAUCAACUUCAGACUUGUCAUCAAAUAAUAACAGGGACAUCUUUUCACAGGUGAAAGGUCCAACAGCAAUCAGCACAUCAAUAAGGCACAUUCAAAUAGAGCCCAAGGAAGUACAUAUUGAACAAGAAAUAUAUGAAGGACCUUUUUUCAGAUCUGGGCAUACUACCACUGGAGGCCAUGAUCUGACUGAAGAAACAGCAGAAAAGAUUAAAUUAAGACAGAAGGACACACAAAUAUCUGACCAAAGUAUUUAUGACAAUUCUCUCACCAAGACAUCUGGUGAUGCUUCAGACAAGCUUAGUGAGGAGAAGAUGCUGGAUGUUAACACCACAAUCAGACAUAUUAAAUUAAGUCCAAAGGAAUUUGUAAGUGAGCAAACUGUUUUUACAGAGCCCAUUUCUGAACAGCACCAAAAGCUCAGUGAACAGGGGCAGGUAUUUUCUUUUGAAGGGUCAGUAAAUCAAAUUAAAUUAGGGCAGAAAGAAGGCCAGAGUCGUGACAACAUUGUGUACCAAGAUUCCGUUUUGGAAUCUUCAGGAAUCGGUUCCCCAAAGGAAGACACCUUGAAAAAAGUAAGUACUGCAGAGAUCAGCAGAUCAACGCACCACAUUCAGCUGAGCCCAGUUGAAACUCAAACUGGGCAGAUGUUCCAUAGUCCUGAUACUAAACUAUCCAGUGGUAUGGAAUUUUCUCAAACAGAUGGGCCAUCAGAAAGCAGCAAAUCUAUUGGGCAAAUAAAAAUAGGACAGAAAGAAACAUCCUUUAUCUUCCAGAUGGACAUAAGCAAAGUGGGUGGGAGAGAACAAGAAGCUACAAUUGUUGUAUCAAGUAGGAAAGAAAAAGAUACUAGUCAACCUGAAGACCACAUGGAAGGUGAACGAAAGUCAGAAGAGUCAACAUUUGAUCGAAGUGUGCAACUGCAAAGAAUGGUUGACCAAAGAUCUGUGAUUUCUGAUGAAAAGAAAAUUGCCCUUCUCUAUCUAAAUGAGAAUGAGGGGGAAGAGGAGGAUGAUGGACCUUGGUUCUAAAGAGUACAUUUUCCAAGUUUUUUUUUAAGCCUAGAAGCUUAAUUGCUGCAUUGUUGAGUUUUAAACAUUAGGAUUUCUCAUAAUUUUGCCCUUAACAAUGAACUGAUGGUUUUGAAUAUACCUUUUCUGAUACCAGAAUAUUUUUAGCAGCAUUCUCUGCUUACAUUAUGUUAGAUUUCAUUUCAUUAUUGCUGUGGACACUGAAAGAGGUUUUGUUUUUUGUUUUUUGUAGUUUCCUUGAUUCUGUUUGAGAAAGAAUUUAAGUGAGUAUAGGAUAAUCACCAUUUCCACUGAAUUUAAAAAGAGUGGCCAUUAAGAGAGACAACAAUCUGAUCAUUUAAGUCGAAAUCAUACUGAUACACAGGGAUUGCCCAGAAUAAACAUAUUAACAACCUAAGGAAUAAAGACAGGCUUGUUAUGAUUGCAUUUUAUGCAAAACAAGUCUAAACUGUACACAUUUAGCAAAAAUGUGUGGCUAAUGUUGCCAGAUGAUCUAACUCUAAACUCUUGUUCAGCUACGUUUUUCAAAAGUAAGUGACCAAAUAGGAACAAAAGAGGCUGCCUUGUGUCCUAGCUCAUCGGCCUUUCUAGUUCGGUGCCAUUUGUACUUUCUCUCUCUCUUUGCACGCACGCACACACACACACCACAUGCAUAUAUACUUUACACUCUUGUUGCAAAAUGGAGAAUGCAAUGAGGAUGUUUCACUAAUAAUGCCAGUUUUAUGAGGAAUAGGUUCUCACUCUUAUGCAUUUCCAUAUUUCAUGAAUGAAAGAGCAUGAGAAAAGCUUCAGCCGCUAAAUUAAUGUGUCGUGCUUUGAUUAAAGUCACAGGAGCAGGUACCUACUCUGUCUAAAAUGAACUACAUGGAGCACAAUUCUUGCACAGCUCCAGUUUCUGGAAUUGGCUGGGUCACAAAGGAGAGGGCAUUCACCGUGAACCUGGGAUCCAGUGAGCAUAAGCUCCGUUUUUUUAUAGAGGUGCUAGAGGUUGGAACAUACUUCAGCACUUUAAAUUAAUUAAAGCAGCAGCAUUUAAUGCUGGCAAAUAAAUAUGAAUAGAGAAAUUGCAUUAAAAAGUGACCAUUUUCUAACAGCAAUUUUCUCAGCCUAUCAAGGAUCAUGUCAAGGGUCGUCAUGGGCAGGAGAUUCUGAGAUAGGUUCCUAGCAUAAGCUAUAUGACUUAGAAUGUAUUCAGUUACAUGACUUACAAUUUGUUCACUGUGGAGAAAAGCCAACACAACUACAGCUUUGAAUCUCAAAUUAAGAACAGCCCAUCACCCAGUAUACGUAAUUGUUUUACCAGCGACCAACCAAAUGCCUUUGGGAAACCCCAAGCUGCUGAUGAAAAUAAUCUUGCUGCAAAUGAUACGCCAUACAGAUUUAGCUCAAACCUCUCUAAGUAAAUAGUUUAUUAAAUCUAUCAGAGGCAUGAAUAAAGUUACCAUAGAUUAAUAGUCUUGUGCUCUACUUUAGAGGACAGCCUUCCACUGAAAGUCUUCCAUUGAAAGGCAAGUUGGGUUUAAAGAAAAAAGAAGGAAGAAUGGAGGCCCCAACAUUGCCCAUCCACCGGAUGCAUCUAGGGAACAGGCCCACAGCUCACCAAUCACGGUCUUGUAAUUGUGAUAUAUAGACUGCAUUUCUGCAAGUCGUCGUAAUUAUUUUUGAAUCUCUCUAUAGCUUAGUGCAUAUACAUGUUAGGUCAUUUUUUUGUCCUCUUUUUUAUUCUAUGUGCUAUCUAAGACAAUCUAUUGGCAACAUUGUCAGGGUUUUAAACAGAGGUCUCUUCAAUGUUGCGGCCUGAUUUGACUGAUUCUUUCCAGCAGAAUUUAUAAACAGAUGCUUAAAUUGUGACAUGAAUGGAUUUGCACUUCUAAUUUAAGCCGAUUUCACAAUUAGUUUUUGUACAUUUAGAACUGGAUCUGGUUUUGGUUGAUGCUUGAGUUUUUCUCACAAAGAGCAGAACCAAUGAAGGUUUGUUUAAUGUUAUAUAAAUAUGCACUUGUGCAAAUCUUCCAUUUAAAUGUGUGCACUGAAGAAAGUAUUACCAUUACCUCAGCAAUAUUGCUCAUAGUAGGUCUUAUUCAAACUUUUUCGUUCAGACUUUAACUGAAAGUGGGCAACGUGGAGUUUUGGAGGGAAAUAUUUAAUAAAAAUACAUGUUUAGGCAACUUUUUUUUCGAAGGGUGGAAGACUCUUCCGCUUCAUAAUGCUGAAAAUCUAAUCUGGAAGCAAAUUCCUCUUCAACGGAAGUUUUCAUCUACAGAUGUGCCUUCUCACUAUAGCACAGGACCUGAAAUUAAUAAAGUGUCAGGAUUUAAGUUAAUUGAAAGCGAGGGUGGAAGUACUUGUUACUAACUUGCUCCAUUGGUUUUAACUGUAGUAAGCUUGAUGUUGUAGCAAGUGAAAUGAAAAACGCAUUUGAGCUGCAGGGUAAGAUCUGCACACUUGUAGACUGAAGAUGGCAAUAGUAGGUGAUCUCAAAGUCUAGUAGAUGCUUUAAUUGGUGAGUAAUGUCAGAUGGGAUUUGGUAGUCUAUUUUGCUCUGGAUAGUUCUGGUUGUAACAUUGGUGAUGGUUUAACACUGUUAUGACUGCACUUUUUUUCUGUUGAGCAUUAAACAUUGAAAAAGAA